AUGGGUGGGAAAUGGGAAGCUGUGGUCAAAUCCCUUAAAUUCCAUCUGAAGAGGACAGUUGGGGAUGCUCCUUUGACGUACGAGGAAUCAAUAACAUUGCUCGUACAGAUAGAAGCCAUCCUCAACUCGAGAACACUGGAAGCACUCAGCGAUGACCCAGAUGACGUCUCAGCCCUCUCACCAGGACAUUUCAUCAUCGGCUCUCAGAUCAACGCAGUUCCAGAACCUUUGCUUCUCGUUGUCGCAGCCAACCGACUAUCGAGAUGGCAGUUUCUGCAGCAACGACUCCAACAAUUUUGGAAACUCUGGUCCACGCAGUAUCUUCAGCGACUUCAGGCAAUCUCAAAGUGGCAUCACCCUUCCAACGAGAUCAAGGUAGGCUCACUCGUUCUCAUUACUGAUGAACGCUUGCCUCCAGGUAAAUGGCCCAUGGCUCGGGUCUUGAAACUCAUACCAGGCAAGGACGGAUUGACCAGGGUUAUCGAACUGAAGACAGCCAUAACCACCCUCAUUCGACCAAUCGCCAAGUUGGCUGUACUUCAUCAGCUUUUUCAAGAUAGCUCAGCCACGCAGAUUCAGCCAGCAUCUCAAGACCACCCAGAUGCGCAGAAUUCAUCAACGACCAGUCGCUGA